AAUUAAAACAAUCCGAAAGUCUAUAAUUCAUUCCAGGAGUGAAGCUCAUGAGAUCGAUGGUUUUCCAUGUCGCCGCCAUCACCCAAAAAAUCCCCCCAAAAGGAACUAGGCUUGAGCCAUGCUUUCUUGCAAUGCGCAGACCUUAUCCUUCCAUGGCUAACCCCUCAAGAACUGGCUAAUGUCUCCCUCACCUGCACAACCCUUCACCGAGCAGCCCAGUCCAUCACUCUCUACCGCUCCCUUGACGCUUCAAGAUCCUUUGAAAACUUUCCCAUCCCAUUUCACAACACCGUCGAUCAAUACCCUUAUGCCUAUUUCUUCUAUACCCCUUCUCAAAUAAUCCCUUCUUCUUCUUUUUCUUUAAACCGCCAAUUUUGGGGACCCAACUCGCCGCAAACUCUGGUCCUUCCCGAGUCGGGCUUGUUGGAUGCUGAAAUGGGUUGUGCUCUUGACUCAAUGGAUCCACUCGGGGGGAGCUGGGUGAGUGUGAUGGACGAGUCAGGGUGUGAGUGUGAGAGGUGUGAAAAAGUGAGCGAAGACAAUGUGAUUGGAUGCCCGUGCAUGGAAUUGGAAGGGGAGGAGGGGAUGGGGAUAAGGAGUGAGUGUGGACCGAGUUGCGGCUGCCGUUUGGAGUGUGGGAAUCGGUUGAGUCAGAGAGGAAUACAGGUUCAAUUGAAUAUUGUGAAGGAUGUAAGAAAAGGGUGGGGAUUAUAUGCUGCUCAGUGGAUUCAGCAUGGCCAGUUCAUCUGUGAGUAUUCAGGUGAGCUGUUAACAACCAAAGAAGCUAGGAGGAGGCAACAAAUCUACGAUAAACUUGCUUCAGAUGACCACUUUUCGUCUGCUCUUCUUGUUGUUAGGGAACAUCUUCCAUCUCUGAAUGCAUGCUUGCGAAUUAACAUGGAUGCCACAAGAGCUGGAAAUGUUGCUCGCUUCAUUAACCAUUCAUGUGACGGUGGUAAUCUAUCAACAGUACUUGUAAGAAGUUCAGGAGCUCUUUUGCCUCGUCUUUGUUUCUUUGCUUCGAAAGACAUAAAAGAAGGUGAAGAGCUCACUUUUAGCUAUGGCGAAAUUAGGGUUCAGCCUAAGGGCUCAAAAUGUUUUUGCGGUAGCUUUUCUUGUUUCGGAACAUUACCUUCAGAACAUACUUGAAAACCAACCUCAAAUAUGUUAUCAACCAAGAGUCGUUUCUCCACAAGUGACUGGUAAUGCUCGUAGAGGCUAGACAACCGGUUAGAACCCUUUACCCAAACUUUCGUUUCUUAGUGUACAUGAAGGACAACAACUUCGAUUUCGUUUUCAAUCUGAUAUCCGUUUGAAUUAA